AUGUCAUUGUCAGGAACAUCAAUAACAUCUAAUUGUUCCCUCCAGAAUGACUUUUAUGGUAAAUUUCAAGUCGACCGUAUGCAAAUUGAUUUGACAUCUCAUUUAAAAGUGGCGAUAUCUGACUAUAUGAAAUCUAGACGACCAAAGUUUGUCCCUGAAGAGCUGUUUGGUGUAGUCGGCGUAUAUCUAGAAAUGCAUAAAGUUUCCGUAACAGGACACCGAAUAUAUAUUGGUAAACAAGUAUUGAAGGCCGAAUCAUCGGUACCGAUUACGGAUUAUGCGGCCAAUAAUGUGACCACAAGAUUGAGACGAGAACUUGGUAAUGGUGAAAGUUUAUGUCUUUCAAUUAAUGUAUCAGCUGGAGGUUAUCUCGUAUCUAAAAAUAUUGAAAAUCAACAAAUACAAAGAAUUCCAUAUGAGAAAACACAUAAUUCCAAGAAAUUGUGUUUUAUUCACGAUUCAAACCCGCCCUCAUUCUGUCGUGUGAAAGGCAGCUGUGCAGAAGAACCUUUGCAUCUAGCAAGUCGACUCACCAAAUCGCGGUAUUUAGACAUAUCAUUUCCCGAUUGGUAUGACCCACACCCAGAAAACGGUGCAUCGUCCCUUGCAUCUGGAAUUGAAUCAUACGAUUUAAGCAUUCAUGAAGUUAUGGAUAAUACACCAGCCAUUUUGAUGAGAGAUAAUAGUCUGAAAGCUGGACCGUACAAAGCAACAAAAGAUCAAAGUAGUAUAAGUAUAGUAUUACCAGAAAAAAAUCCGAUGUUAUAUGCAAUUUUACUGGAAGUGAAAGACAAAGCUGAUAAUGUUCGACAUGCUAGGCGAUUCGUUUUAUAUGACAAUUCAUCAGUUAUUACAAUAAAUGACCGCAUUCCAUUUAGAGUUGAUUCUGCAUCAAACAAUACCAAAUGGCAAAUAAACCACGGCAGUAUUUGCUAUUCUUGGAAAAAUAGAUUUUUGAAAUCUGAAUAUGUUGAUAACAAUCCCCUCCGUCCAAUCAAGACAGACUCGUAUAAAUUAAUCCAAGGAAUUUAUGACCAGACAUAUGGAAUAUUACCUGUGACUGGGACGACAAAUAUCAACGGUUUGACCGAGUUUUUCUAUUCGUUAUUACGCAAUAAAUAUAAUGUUUCAUCCGGAAAAGUUGAGAAUUUUACCUCUCAGUCGCUCUGUUUAAUAACACCUAUGCAAGAUGGGGACACAUUUGAUUUUCAUCUCCAGUCUCGCGAUAUAAUGAAGAACACUCUAAACGAUAGCGUCCAAGUUCACAUCGAUCGCUCAGUACCAGAAAUAUCAGAUAUAUGGUUAGUGCGGAAAGCCCACAAACAGCUCUAUGUACACAACAGUACAGAUCUUUCAACCAUGUAUUUAGAGUUUAAGGCUAUUGACGUUCACAGUGGAGUUCGGGAAAUAAAAUGGUCCUUUGGUACGAACGAAAAUAAAACAGUAUUAAUACAGAAGGCGUUGGGGGUGAAGGAAACUAACAAAUCGGAUUCAUGCGUUAAUACAACGUCUUGUUAUUGUCCAAUAGUUGGUGCAUGUGCUUCUACCACAUUCGUGGCAGAACUAAAAAAGCUUAAAUCGUUAAAUCGACACAAUGGCAAUCACAAUAGAAGAUACUUCUUUACAGUGACAGCAACAAACAACGCCCUUCUUGUCGCAUACGACCAUAUUGAUAUAUUAGUUGAUGAGUCUCCUCCGGAAGUAGGCGUGGUUUUGGAAGGUCCAUUAGGCAGUCCUGAUAUAGACUACGCAAGUAUAAAUGAAUUCACUGUACACUGGCAUGGAUUCAUUGAUCAUGAGAGUGGUAUUAAGUUUUAUAGGGUAGGCAUCGGUAGAGGCUGUAUCAAGAAUUUGAAAGACAUGACGAUCGGUAAUAUAAACGGCUCUUUUGUACAAGAAACCUCUCACGUAUCUACCAAAAUGGUGUUUCCAGAUGGUUAUGGCAAAUAUCACGUGACUGUUAUAGCAUUUAAUAACGCAAUGAGUCCUUCAAAGAUCGCUUGUUCUGACGGAAUAACGUAUGAUGAAAGUGUUCCUGAAAUAGUAAACGUUAGCAUUAAACAUGCACAGACAGUAGAAUCUAUUGGUUGUUAUGACGGCCUUCCAUGGCUCAUGACGCAAAAUCUAUCGAGAGUUAAAUUAUCUGGAAAGGAAUGUAAUAAAACAUGUGCAAACAAGAGCAACGACGACAUAUUUUCUUUUCUGCCUAUAACAUUAGAAACUGUAAGCAAAGAUAAUGCCGCAUCAACAUUCAUGUGCCGCACACUAAAACAUUAUACACUGAACUUUAUCUACACUCCAACGGAUCUCUUUCAGAUCACAUGGGACAUUCGUGAAGAUCAUAGUCAAAUAGCUCAUGUUUAUGUAGGGUUUGGUAGAGAUGUAUCUGAAAUUGAUAGUCCGAACUUAAUGGGUUAUACCAAAACACAUCAUCUAAGAAGCUACAUCCAGCAUCACCCAGGUUUAAUAGGGGAAGAACAAAUCUUCGUAUUCAUCAAAGUGCAAAACCGAGCUGGCCUAGACCAGAAGAUUUGGUUUGGACCAAUAUUAGCCGAUGAAACACCACCCGUUUGUCAGGAUAUUCCAAAGCCUGUUAUUGAUAAUGGUUUUGUGAUUGUUAAGUGGGACAAGGGAAACUUUUAUGACACAGAACAAACAGAAGAAAUAGGAUCAGUAAUGUUUCGUAUGGGCAUCGAUAAUACGUACAUCACACCUUUUCUAGAGUGGAAUAUCAAAUCACACGGUGGGCAGUGUGGUCUACACCACCAGUGCAUCAAAUACCCAGUUAAAACGUUACAAGUGUAUGAUUCCGUUAAAAGUUUAGACUUCCAUAUUCGAAUGCACGUGUAUAACAAUGCUGGACAUUAUUGCAGUUUAGAUACACCUUCGUUCAAACUACCAAAUAUAGUUCCACCUAGACAUGGGAUAGUUUUAGAUGUUGACCCUGGAACUACACGACCUUAUCAAGAUGUAGACGCUAUAUACGACGCGAAGGUUUACUGUUUUGUAAUGAAAGGUUUUACAAAUGAGGAGAUACAAUUCGAAGUAGGCGUUGGUACCAUUAACAAGUCCGAUGAUGCAAUAGCUUUCCACGUGUUUAACCCAACCGAUGAAGAAAGGGUUUGCGAAAAUAUAGGCAAACUUAAAACAGAGAAACAAUAUUAUGUGACUAUCAGGGCAUCUUAUAAAAGUCAAAAAAUCUAUAGAGUGUCCUCUGAUGGUUUUAUAAUAUUAAACAGUACCACUGUGACCUCCUCUAUAAAGAUUUAUCAUGGUAUUCGGUGCGGCAAAGAAAACGAACUUGAAGGCUGGAAUAUUUCGUCUAAGAAGUCAGUCCUUACACUUUUUCAAUCUCUUCAAUAUGGUGUCACUUAUUCUUUACUAGCAAAUUCUGCCGUGUUUGUAAUUACAAAUACGAAUGUUCUUAUAAAAUAUCAGAGGACACACUCCGAUCAGAUGAUUGUAACAUUCAUACCAAUAGUUUCCGUCUCCAGCAUUUUCAUCGAUGUACAAAGUAACCAGUCGAAUCUCUCGUCCAAUAUCACAUUACAUCUUCAUCAGUGUGAUCCGGAUAUGGGAAUACAAUCUUCUACAUCAGUAUUACCUGUGUACUGGUCAAUUGAUGACAAAUACGUACAAUAUUUAUCAAACUAUGAGAUAGGGAUAUGCCAAAUGACAAAUAACACUACUUGUGAAAACAAAGUAUUGUAUGAAUCGGUUGGGAAGGACAGAUUUAAAUAUUUUCUUGGUAAUUUUAAGGAGGGGGCGUAUACGGUGUUUGUAAAGGCUUGUUUCGGCUUGAAAUGCCUAUUGCCGUCCACUUUUAAUCUCAUUAUAGCUGAACAAGUAAAAUCAAUGGAUAUGAAAGUUCAGACUUCAAUUCAGUUUGCUGAGAAUUGCACAAAGACAACGUUAAGAUGGCAGAAAUCACACUGCACUACAAACUUUAUUGAAACUUUUCCAUUAGGGUACAGGUGGUCAAUGUUUAAAGAUGACGGCAAUACAAGGAUUAUAAACUGGAGAAUGGUCAUAGUAAAUGAAGGCAACGAAACUACACAGCAUCAUACGGAUUUUAGCUGUUUAAAGAUUCCAGUAUACCUGCACCAUACUAUGUACAUGUGUAUAGAAGCAUUUUGUCCCUCGGGGAAUAUCAAACGUGCUUGCACCAAAUCAGAUGUGAUAGAUGACCCAAAUAUCUUUGAUAAAUUGGUAAUUUAUGAUUUAAAUCUUCAAAACCCUGUCAUGAGGCAGAUUAAAGAAUUGAAAUACAGUGCUCACAUUGGAAAGUUUAUGUCUCUUCUUCAUAACAAUGAAAUAGACUUUGCAGAACGAAAUAUAAAGAUUGGUGGUUUUCUUCUCGGACAUUCCGACGUUUCGGUAAAAUGGUUUCUUACAAAACAUAACAAUAUUCCAACAAAAGAAUGUUCACUUGAUUUCUCUUGCUUAAUUACAAAGCAUACAACAACCGGGUUUGUUAAUUUUAAUAAUCCGUAUCUAACCGAGAAUGUAAUGUUAUAUAUUUGCGCUGUGAGUGGUGUGUUUCAAAGUUGUAGUGAUGGAUUCCUUGUUAAUGAUGACGUUCUUAAGGGUGGCAAAGUUUCUAUACAAUCGAGAAAUGGUUAUGUCAUCGAAGGCUCAUCUAUGAAUAUUCAAUGGUCAGGGUUUACUGGAAAUGUGCACCCAGUCGACAUGGGAUAUCCAGAUGCAGUUUCAUUUUACCAAUACGCAAUAGGUACCAGUAUAGGAGGAACUGAUGUUGUACCCUUUACAACAGCUGGUUUGGCAGACUUUAUUGUAGUUACCGACUUACAAUUACAACCGGGACAAGUAUAUUAUGCUAUUAUACGAGCCUUUGAUCAUUUGAAUCGAUCGGUUGAAAGACAUUCAGAAGGCGUUAUUUACGACAACACUCCACCUUCAACUGGUACAACACAAGUUGAAAGAGGAAUUAGUCAUUUCGUAAAAUCUCUUCGAAUUUCGAUUCAGUGGUUUAGGAUUGACGACAGGGAGAGCGGCAUAGUACAGUUUGAAAUUGGAAUAGGUUCUACAAACUACUCUGCAGAUAUUGUGCCAUUCCAAACCACGGAUAUGUUUGCAGAAAUAAAUGGGAACAGUCGAUUAGUUGAUGGUCAUCAGUAUUAUGCUAUCGUUAAGGCAACCAACGGAGCUGGCCUUUCCUCAUUUUCUGUAUCGAAGCCUUUUAUCGUUGAUAGCACAGCCCCAGUGAUUGGCCACGUUAUGGAUAUUUCUCCCGAGAACAUACAAGGUGAAACAGACGUUACGGAUAUAGACUACCAGAGAAAUACAACAAGUAUAUCGUGUCAGUGGAGAGGAUUUCAUGAUCCACAUUCACAGAUUGAUAGUUAUCAUGUUGGACUUGGUUUAACAGCUGGAAAUGACGAUAUAGAAACGCUGACAAACGUUGGUUUAAAAACCGUGAAGACAUGGUCAUCAAACUUUGUACAAGGAGUUAGACACUACUGUAUAUUGAAGGCGUGUAAUGGAGCAGGUAUUUGUAGUCAUGGUUCAUCUAAUGGUGUAUUAAUUGAUAACUCUGCUCCCAUACCUGGCUUAGUAGUUGUUGGAGCAGCAGGUUUUCACUCAAGGUACCAGUCUGAUAACUCAUCACUACAUGCCACAUGGAUUGGAUUUGAAGACCCACAAUCCGGUAUCGACCAUUUUGAAGUAUGCAUUGGUACUGCGUCAUUGUUAUGUGACAUUAUGGAUCGUUGGCAUGUAUCUUUAUCAUCAUCAUUUGUUAAAACUCAGCUCGAACUUAAAGAUGAUGUGCCUAUGUUUGUGACUGUAAGAGCCUGUAAUAAAGUGGAACUAUGUGUAGAAAGAUCUUCGCCCAGUUUUAUAAUAGAUGACACUCCACCGGUUUUAAUAACUCGACCGUUUAUAGAAAGUGUAAAUGGUAAUCAGUCUAGUAUCAUUCAAAUAAUAACAGACCCAUCUUUUUUCAAACUGAGGUGGAAGGUUGUCGAUGAUCGUAGUCCUAUUGUAAGAACCACCAUCUCGAUUCAUAGCAAGUUAGACUCUCAUAUUCCAAUGGCGGACACAGUCAUAUCAAACGAAAAUACUUUUACCGUCAAAUUGCUAAAAGACGAUCAGCUUCGUCUAGGAGACGUUUAUGUAGUAAAGGUGACAGCUUGCAAUGCUGCCUUACUUUGUACCACUUCAUAUAGUUCUGACGUCUUGCUCGAUUAUUCUCCUCCUCAGGUCGGAGGAUUUAUGCCGCCAUUAUAUUGGGAAGUGAUUCCUGGGACCAUUGACUUUAUAAGAUUUAAUUUGACAUGGUAUGGAUUCAGUGAUGUCGAGUCUGAUAUUAAAUCAUAUUAUAUAUCGAUUGGCUAUGAUUACAGUAGAGCCGAUAUUAUUGGCGCCUAUAAAGUCAAACCUAAUCAACAUGAUCCAGAAGGCACACAACGCACAACCAUAGACAUCGAUAAUAUCAACAAAUUACGCGAGAAGCUAGUUUUCACUAUAUGGGCAGAAAACAAUGCUGAACUGUUAAGUUCUCAAAGCAAAAUAACAACUGAUGUAGUGAGUUUCAACCGGAAUUUUACCAGAGGAAAUCUCGUUAUACAGAAACAUUCUUGUGAUGCAGGAUAUUGCAAUAAGGAUUGCACGUGUGCUGUUGUUGGACAUAAAUGUAAAACCGAUUCACAAUCGAUGUGUAAUAGCAAAACCAAUAACAAUGAUAAAGGUGCAAAUAUGGUAAGAAUAAUUGUUCCGAACACCGAUAUAGGUAUAGUUGGAUCGUCGUCAUGCUUAAUGUCUAAAUGGACAGACAACUUAAACGAAUCAAUAUGGCGUUUUGAAUACACAUUCGGUAUACAGAACGAUAAGCCAGGUACUGGUAUUUUUGAUUUAGCAAAUGAAAACCCUUGGCGUGAUGUCGGAAAGGAGACAGAAGCCAUUCACUGUUUAUCCCCAGACAAAAAACUCGAACAUAACACGAACUACGUUGCAUACGUUAAAGUAUGGUACUCGUUUACAUCGAAUACAAUAUUUCAAUCAGAACCAGUUCAAAUCGAUCACACGUCACCUGAUAUUCACAAGAGAUAUUUUGUUAUCGAUUCUAUCAUUAACUGUAAGGAGGAUGCAGAUUAUAUUCUUUCCACAGAUUCUGUAUUAUCCUGCUGGGAAGGUGUAUUUCAUGAUGAAGAAAGUGGAAUAAUGAACUUUAUGGUAUCACUCGGAACGUCGCCGUAUGCUGAUGACAUAGUACGUAUGCACGAUGUUGGUCACAAGACAAGAGCAGACUGGACAGGCUUUUCUUUAGAACCAGGCACGAGAUAUUUCACGACUGUUAGAGCCAUCAAUAAAAUUGGUCUACAAACCGAACUUAGCUCCGAUGGCUUUGUGAUUGAUGAUAUCGCGCCCAUUGCUGGAAUAGUUUACAACACUGGACAUCACAGUGACGCCAUUUACCAGUCUAAUAAUCAACCAGUUCAGUUUUCCUGGCAUGGAUUUGAGGACGAACAUUCGUUUGUUGAUUCAUAUUACAUAGGAUUUAUUGUUAAUGGCAAAGGUCCAUUGGCAAAUGAAUCAUCUAGUUUUCAAAAGUUAGAUAUUUACGACCACAAAAUUUACAAUGGGAAUCUGAACCAUGGAGACACGAUUUCAGCCAUGGUCAAGGCUAUUGACAAGGCUGGCCAUGAAAGUCCCAUUGUGACGUCACUGCAAUUGUUAAUAGACAAUACACCGCCUCAAUCGUUUGACUGUAAACGUUUUGAAACGAUAUAUGAAAAACAGAUCACUGGAAAAAAUAGGUGGUUAGACCAAAUAACAUGUUACAAAAACAAUGUUUAUAAGAUAAAAGUCUCUAUUACCGAAGUCACGUUUGACUUUAAAGCUGUGUUGGCAGUUGACGAUGUCUCAAUGGUUUUACCUUUUGCUCGAAAUUCAGAUGGUUCGUUGAUAACAGAAUACAACUUCUUUGCAUUUGAAACGGCACCGAAAUAUUUUUCAUUGGAUGUAUAUGGGGGUUUGAAAUCAACAGAAAUGGCGAUACGUGUCUUAAAAUGCUCCUCAAUAAUUACAGAAACUAAGGACAGUGAAACCAUCAAAACACAACAAAUGUCAUCUGACAGCAUUUCCAUUUGUGUCAGAGCGAUUGAUCUAGACAGUGGCAUAAAGCAAGUCAAAAUUGGAAUUGGAAGCGUCUAUGGUGGGUUCGAACUACAAACGAUAAAGUCAGCAAUAUCAUCAUCUCAUCGUAUGCAUGACAUAGUAGAGGCCAACCUGACACAUGGUGAACGUGUUUAUAUUGAAGCUGUCGUUAUCAAUCAUGCAGGGUUACAAACUGAAUUCACGUCGCAUCCAUUUAUUAUUGAUCACACUCCUCCCAUAAUUCAGAAUAUGGAAUCAUCUCUUAAGUAUCACGAUGAUGUCCAGAAUCACACAACCACAAGUGUACAUUCACGAUGGCAUGUUAUGGACGACGAAAGUGAUGUCAAGUUUUGUGAAUAUUGUAUUGGAUUUUCAGUAUCAUCGUGUGAUAUCAUUGGUUGGACAGUUACAUCAUCGUUAUCUGUAUCUCAAUCAAUAAAAUUCAAGGUCCAACAUGGAAGCAGAAUAUUCCUUAAACUUCGCUGUAUCAACGGUGUUCAAUUAUCUGGAUAUGCAUAUAGUGGACCUUUAGUUGUAUCGUACAUUCCACCAGAAAACAUUGGUUCAAAAAUAGAAUUUAUAACAGACACCGGAAUAAGUAAUGUCACCGGGGACCUGCAGGCACUAAUUUUCCGAUGGGAUUAUUUCAAUGAUCCUUCCGGGAUCCAGUCAUAUUUUCCUCGAGUGUCUAAAAACAAAACUCUAAUAUCGGACAUUCAAAUUCCUAAUAAAAAUUACAUUAGAAUAAAAAAUAUUCACAUGGAAAACAAGGAUGCAUACAGUGUUGAUGUCAAAGGAACAAAUGUUGGAAAUAUUUCUAGUAUUGCCACGCACGCACUAGUUAAAUGUGAACAUACUAAGCCAUUGUUAUCAGGGAAAGGGUUUGACCAUGGCACAAAUUAUAUAGACUGGAAGGAAGUGUUUAGACCUACAUAUAUUAGUUCGUUCCAGGUAGCAGUCGGCUCUACAAAAGGAAUGACAGAUAUAAUGAUGCCAAUAACAACGACAGGAACAAGAAUCGCCAUUGAUAUACCGCAAGAAUAUCAUGAAAUAAGAGUGGUUGUGACUGCCACAUCGAUCACUGGAAUGUCAACCACAUAUCGACAAGCUAUAAUAGUUUAAAUAGUCAUAGAAAUAAAUUUGAUACGAGACAAAAUCAAUAAUUGUUGCUUUAACAAUUGAUGUUACAGUAGUAUUUAGUUCCGUCCAUAUUUUAUG